GUAUUCGUGCAAACAUGUGCAUUUGGUAUGGUGAUUGUUUACGUCAUGGUGCGCGUGGACUGCCAGACGACGGAAAGGCGGGAUACGGGUCUUGACCUGGAACCGGGUGUGACUGCGUUUAAUACGUGCGAUACUAUGAACUGCCCACCGAACUCCAACUGCAUUGAAACAUCUGGCUACGCCUCCUGCGAGUGCGAGCAUGGAAAGACUGGCGUCAACUGCACCAUGGACGAUCCUUGCCUAGAAACAAAGGAGAAUUGUACCAAAGGAAUGACAUGCUACGGCCCAUGUAACCCCAACGUGCUCUGUGAAGGGCCCACCGGUAUCCCACACUGCGGCGGCUGCAUUCCCGGUUUCCAGGGGAAAAACUGUGACGAGGACGAAGAUGAGUGCACAAAGUGGGCCGAUAUGUGUACUUUCAACGGUCAGUGCACGAACACAUUUGGUAGCUUCAGGUGCGAUUGCAAGGUUGGCUGGACCGGAGAAUUAUGCGAAAUAUGUGCGCUUUCAGAUACCGAAUGUGAUGCUAUCGGUAGAGGCUCUGUCGAGAGUGCGGACGCAUCUGCAAUGCCUGGAGGUGUCGCGGAGUCGCUUCACAUAGCUCCCGUGUCCAUGGCAUUGACGUUGCCAUUUAGUAUCAUCCUGUCGUUGUUGCUCUCAUGAACAAUAGCUCCAGAGCGUUAUAUAUUCGUUUAUUAAAAAACAACAACACAUUUUAACACUUUCAAGUGUCUUUAAAUUUCAGUAUAUUUUUGCGUAUUUUUACAAUAUGUUAUGCAAAUGACGCAGUCGUCGGAUUUUGUUCUGUAUAAAAUAAAUAGUCGCACAGCUUUCUUGGAAGCGCGCUAACUGCUAUUGAAACAAAUACAAAUAAGACACUACUACAUUGCAAGAUGUGGAUUUUCCAUAUUCCAACCAAAGGUAAUUCGUUUUUAAUGAAAAAUAAGUGGCAUCAAUCGAAACAGUAUGCACCACAAUCAAUUUCCAUUGGUACCAAACUAAAUUAAAUGAGCUUAAAAAAUAUAUUAACGUUUAACUGAUAGUAGGAACUAACUGCUCGAUGCGAAGCAAAUCAUUUUAUAGAAGUAUUCUAUGUACUGAUUCGGAAUUUGGAACUUUUGUAACUGUAUAUGAUGAGUAUGAUGGGAAAAAACUUGUUAAGUUGGCUCCCUUGCUUAAAAUAAUCCAGUCACUGUUGCGAUGGCACGUAUAAUAAUCCAGUCACUGUUGCGAUGGCACGUAUAAUAAUCCAGUCACUGUUGCGAUGGCACGUAUAAUAAUUCAGUCACUGUUGCGAUGACACGUAUAAUAAUCCAGUCACUGUUGCGAUGGCACGUAUAAUAAUCCAGUCACUUUUGCGAUGGCACGUCGCGGAUGUUUAUAACAAUGGCACAUGGAUUUUAUAGUAGACAAUUGUAUUAAAAAAGAAUACAUGUCAUCGCAACAGUGAUUGGAAUUCGUGCCAUCGCAACAGUGACUGGAAUACGUGCCAUCGCAACAGUGACUGGAAUACGUGCCCUCGCAACAGUGACUGGAUUAGUAUUUUUGCACGUUUCUAUGGUCCUUUUUAUCAUGUUUGUUGUUUAAUGGUGUGUUUUUUGGUGUUGUACUUUUCUUGUGAAAAUGUUGUUAGCACGUUUCAUAGUUGUAUUAUUUAUUUAGAAAACUCAAGUCUGUGUAGAACACUAUGUACAUAAAUAUGGCAUUGAAUACUUAAAUUUGGUUGUUGGUCACAUUUCCAGUCAUUAAAAUUCGUGUUUUGUAUGUCGCGAUGCCUUUCAGUUUUGUAUCAGUCUCUGCAUUAAGACGAGAAAUAUCAUUACACUAUUUUUUUCAU